ACACUCUGUCUCUCCGUUUCUCAGUCAACUCUCCCCCUCUCUCUCUCUCUAUCCACACUCUGUCUCUCCGUUUCUCAGUCAACUCUCCGCCUCACCUCCUAAAAUAUUCCGUCCGUCUCUCCAGUCCUCUUCUCCUCGCACCCUUCUCUUCUCCUCUCUCCUCCUCUCUCCUCCUCCUCCGUGUCAGGACCAUGUUUCCUCUGACGCUCCUCGGCCUGCUGUUCAUCACCGCACGAACAGACGACAAGACGAAGAAGGGGAAAAACCAGGCGGCGACCAAAGAGGACGCUCCAUCGAAGUAUGACUCCAUGUUCCAGAGAGGAGACCUGCUGGAGGUACCCCGGACGUUGUUCACUCAUUUUGGGAUCUACCUGGGCGGCGGCAGGGUGGCUCACCUGAUACCUGACAUACUACCUGUGUUGUCAGAUGAUGAGGAGGCUAUCAGAGAGAUGGUCACCAAUAACAGACUGAUACUGGGGGUCAUCGCUAAGUGUGCCAGUGUGAGAGUGGACACUGUGCAGGACUUUGCCUACGGCUCAGAGAUUAUUGUGAACCCCAUGGACAAGGUGUGCAGUCGCCCCCCACUGAAAGGAGAGGAAGUGGCAGACAGGGCAGAGAAGCUUCAGGGCUCCACGGCCUACAGCCUCCUGUGGUAUAACUGUGAACACUACGUCAUGUACUGUCGAUACGGCACCUGCAUGAGCUUCCAAACCUUCCAGUUCUGUAAGACAGUGAAGAAGUUCAUUCUGAGCCAGAGGAGUGCCAAGGUGACAGCGGUGUUAGGCCCAGUGCUAGUGCUCUAUCUGGGGGUCGUGUCGCUCUACUCAGCCCUGGUCAUUGUCCUGGUUCCCUUCAUUAUCUGGAUGGCUUCCUAGACACUUGGAGGGAAGGAAGGAGGGAAGGGAAGGAAGGAAAGGAAAGGAAGGAAGGAAGGAAGGAAGGAAGGAAGGAAGGAAGGAAGGAAGGAAGGAAGGAAGGAAGGAAGGAAGGAAGGAAGGAAGGAAGGAAGGAAGGAAGGAAGGAAAUUGUUUUACAAAAAUUCUUUGCAGUCUUGUUAAAGAUAAUGGAUAAUUACAGGAUGACCAGACAGACAUAGGGUUUCUUCAAUAACUAUUAAUAAUAAUUUGCCACUGCUUCAUAAGACCUAGUAAUGAUGCCAAUACAUGUGUUUACACCCUGUGUUUUAUUUUAAUUGAUUAAUUACAUAAGUGUGAAUGGUAUACUAUUUUGACCUGUAUAACAGUGAAUUAGGUUGCUAUAAAUAAAAUAAACAUUUAAAUGGUCA